AUGAAUUUACAAUCUACUUUAUAUUUUUCAGCUUUACUUCAAGUAACAAUUUCACUUAGCAAAGUUGAGCUCAGUGUGAGUGAAUCCAAGUUCUUCACAUGCACAGCCAUUGGUGAGCCUGAGAGCAUAGAUUGGUACAACCCACAAGGAGAAAAGAUCGUUUCUAGUCAGAGGGUGGUUGUUCAGAAGGAAGGUGUUCGCUCACGCCUUACCAUUUAUAACGCAAACAUCGAAGAUGCUGGUAUAUACCGGUGCCAAGCAACAGAUGCUAAAGGACAAACUCAAGAAGCUACUGUAGUUUUGGAGAUUUAUCAAAAGCUCACUUUUCGGGACAUAGUAUCUCCACAAGAGUUCAGGCAGGGAGAAGAUGCAGAAGUUGUUUGCCGUGUUACGAGUUCACCUGCUCCCAUUGUCAGCUGGUUGUAUCGGAAUGAGGAAGUCACAACUAUUGCUGACAAUCGAUUUGCAGUAUUAGCAAACAAUAAUCUCCAAAUUCUUAAGAUCAAUAAAAGUGAUGAAGGAGUUUACAGAUGUGAAGGAAGAGUGGAAGCAAGAGGAGAAAUUGACUUUCGGGACAUAAUUGUUAUUGUGAAUGUUCCUCCUGCAAUCAUUCUGCUACAGAAAUCCUUCAAUGCCACUGCAGAUCGAGGAGAGGCAAUAACUUUGUUCUGCAGAGCCACUGGGUCGCCUCCACCUGAGAUCAGUUGGUACAGGAAUGGUAAACUUAUUGAAGAAAAUGAAAAAUAUGUCCUGAGAGGAAGCAAUACACAACUAACAAUAAGAGAUAUAAAAAAUAUUGAUGCAGGUCCUUAUAUCUGUAACGCUAAAAACAAAGCAGGAAAUGACAAAAAACAAACAGUCCUUCAAGUUUUUGUGCAGCCUCAAAUAAUACAACUUAAAAAUGAAACCACAUUUGAGAAUGGGAAAGCAACUCUCAUCUGUGAAGCAGAAGGAGAACCUGUCCCAGAGAUUACUUGGAAAAGGGCCAUUGAUGGAAUGACUUUCUCUGAAGGUGACAAGAGCCCAGAUGGCCGUAUAGAAGUCAAAGGGCAGCAUGGAAAGUCGUCACUGCAUAUUAAAGAUGUGAAGUUGUCAGAUUCAGGGAGAUAUGACUGUGAAGCGGCAAGUAGAAUUGGUGGGCACCAAAAGAGCAUGUACCUUGAUAUUGAAUAUGCUCCAACAUUCGUGUCAAAUCAAACCAUGUAUUACUCUUGGGAAGGCAACCCUAUCAAUAUAAGCUGUGAAGUGCUAGCAAAUCCAUCUGCCUCAGUUCAGUGGAAAAGAGGAAAAUUAGUUUUACCUGUAAAAAAUACAACUCAUCUGAAGACCUACAGUACAGGAAGAAAGCUGAUUCUAGAGAUUGCUCCCACAUCUGACAAUGAUUUUGGACGGUACAAUUGUACAGCCACAAACAGAAUAGGAACAAGAUACCAGGAGUAUACACUUGGUCAAGCUGAUGUGCCAUCAAAUCCGUAUGGAGUACGAGUUUUAGAGCUGUCACAAACCACUGCCAAGGUUUCCUUCAAUAAACCAGAUUCACAUGGAGGUGUGCCCAUUCACCACUACCAAGUGGAUGUGAAAGAGGUAGCCUCAGAAACCUGGAAAAUAGUUCGCUCCCAUGGAGUUCAAACUAUGGUUGUUCUGAGCAAUUUGGAACCAAAUACAACUUAUGAAAUCAAAGUAGCUGCUGUAAAUGGAAAAGGGCAAGGAGAGUAUAGCAAAAUUGAGAUCUUUCAGACCUUACCUGUCCGGGAGCCAAGCCCCCCUUCAAUUCACGGACAACCAGAGAGUGGCAAGAGUUUUAAACUUAGCAUAACUAAACAAGAUGAUGGAGGUGCCCCCAUACUGGAAUAUAUUGUCAAAUACAGAAGUAAAGAUAAGGAAGACCAGUGGCUAGAGAAAAAAGUACAGGGUAGUAGAGACCACAUCAUCUUAGAGCAUCUUCAAUGGACCAUGGGUUAUGAAGUACAAAUUACAGCUGCCAACAGACUGGGUUAUUCUGAACCAACAUUGUAUGAAUUCAGCAUGCCACCAAAGCCAAACAUUAUUACAGACACUCUUUUUAAUGGUCUUGGACUUGGUGCUGUCAUUGGCCUGGGAGUGGCAGCCCUUUUGUUAAUCCUGGUUGUGACUGAUGUUAGCUGCUUCUUUGUACGACAAUGUGGACUGCUCAUGUGCAUCACCAGGAGAAUCUGUGGGAAGAAGAGUGGUUCAAGUGGAAAAAGUAAAGAACUGGAAGAAGGAAAAGCUGCUUACUUGAAAGAUGGAUCAAAAGAGCCAAUAGUGGAAAUGAGAACAGAGGAUGAAAGAAUUACCAGCCAUGAAGAUGGGAGUCCAGUAAAUGAGCCAAAUGAGACAACUCCCCUCACAGAACCAGAGAAGCUGCCACUAAAGGAGGAAAAUGGCAAAGAAGCUUUAAAUCCAGAAACCAUAGAAAUCAAAGUUGCUAAUGACAUCAUCCAGUCAAAAGAAGAUGAUAGCAAAGCAUAAUAAGAUAAACUACAGCUGUCUGGAAAAUGCAUUUGGAUUGAAGUAAUCCUGUGACCAAAACUUUACAGCUGACCUUAAUUUCUUGGGAAACUUAAGCUUGGAAUUGUUAGUACAUGUGUACAUACGAUGAAACAGUUUCUGUCUACAGUUCUUUUCUAUAUUUUUCUUUUUUGUUAAUGGUUUUAGUGUGUAGUUUUGCUGACACCAAGUCCCAUGCUAUAAAUUUGAAAAAUCUGCAGAAUAAGAACUAUAAUUUAUUAUAUGACAAAAUAUGUCUACUUAGAAGAAAAAUUCUAAAGCACCCCUAACCAAAAACAACACAUCAGGCCUCUCCAGAUCUUACAGUGCAAGUUACAUGCAUAACAUGCCAUAUGAUGAUGUAUUUAUUUCCAUUUACAAUAAAAUGAAAUUUUAUGUUUCCUUAAAAAAAAAAAAAAAAAAAAAAAAAAAAAAAACCUAAAUCAGUUUCAGUAUAAUGUUUAAGACCUUAGCUCUGGCUGACACUCAAUAUUCAUUCCAGCUGUGGUUAUCACUUGAGGCAAUCAAAAAAAACCAAAAAUCUUCAAUGGAGAGCCAGGUCCCACUGCAGUUUCUCCUGGGUUCUUCAAUAAAUAAAUAAUAAAAAAAAACCCCUAGUACUCACAAUAUACAAACUCAAAUAAAAUUGACCAAAUAUUUCAUAACACUCUAUUGGCCUCAUCCUAACUACGUGAGUGUGACUCUGAAAGGCUCCACGAUUUUCAAUGCUUCAGGUUUUCUGUAUAAAAGUUUUGAAAGUUACAUGUGAACUAAAAUGCAGCCAAGGUGUAAAAACAAAUCUCUUUUUUAAUCAUAAUCUUCACUUCAAAUGAAAACUUACAAUAUGUGUCCCAACAUAUUUAUACAUAUAGGGUUUUCAUUUUUGUCUUAGUUCAAACAAUUUAGCUAAGGAAUAAAACUGUUAUUUAGUAAAGUAAAUACAUUUUCUCCCCAAAUCAAUAUAUAAAAUAUUAAACUUGGCCUUUUUGAAUCAGGACUUUUUCCUUUGUGAUUUCAUACCUUUUCUCUUAAGUACAAUGUAAAAACAGAUGGAAAGGGGAUUUUGUCUAAGCAGUUAGGAACGAUUUUAAAUUAUUAACUAAUGCAAUCUUAUAUUCAACAAAAUACGUUUUUUUUUUCAUGUCAAGCUUUCUUUAACAUAUUCCUUUUUAUUAUUCUGAUCAACAUUCCCCACCAGGAAAUUUGACGGAUUUAUUUGAUCUGACAUUCAUUCAUAUGAAUUAGUCAUUGAUUUAGUGGUGCUACUAACUGGAGCAUAUAGUUUGUUUCCAUUCUAGCAUAGUAUAUCCAUGCCUACCAAACUCUUCAAAGUGUUGCUUUUAAAUAAGUAAAUAAACCAUAUAGAAAACUAGACUGGAAAAUUCUACUUGUCAGGAGUAACUGGUAGAGUAAGUUGUGAAUGUUCCACAUCUAAGCCAUGGAUGAGGUUUAACUGUACUUUUACUCAUCAAAUUGUAUUUUCCCAUUCUAUAUCUGAAUUUUGAUCAUAUUUGAAGUCUUUGUACUUUAUGACUUUUGUGCAGUAAAACUUAAAGCAAAAUGUAAAAGGAUCUCCUCAAAUUUGAGGAAAAUGUCAUAAUGACAUUCCAGUUAAUCCAAGUUUAAGUGCAUUUGAAAGAGCUGAGGAGAAUAUAUUUAAUUCUUAGAUCUUUCUUAUUUUUCAAAACCAAGUUAUUUAAUGAGUUUUUUACAACUUUUCCUCACAUUGAGAAAUACCUAAAAUGAACCAAGGAGU